ACGUUUUGUUCAAAUCAUGGCGGAGAGGGAUGCAGGUAGUAAUCAAGAGGACGAUCGUAUUCCAACCAGCGUUCUCGUUCAAAAUCAAAUGAAAGAUUUGAUCGGUUUGCAAGAUUUGACCAUCAACAAACUUCAACAAGAUAUAACUUUACAGGAAUCCACUCUGCGAGAAAGCUUCCUACCAAGAGAGGUUUAUGAUUCUGAACUCCAACAGUUUGAGAAAACAAUACAUGAAGAUUAUGUUCCAAGGGAGAAAUAUGAUAAGCUUCAAGCGGAAGUAGAGCAACAGAAGCUGAGCCAUAUACAGACACAGGGAGAGCUCUAUGAAGUCAAAGACAAGUUGGAGUUUGCCUUGGGUGAGGUAGAAGUCCUAACUAAACAGCUUCAGAGAGAGAAGGCAGCAUUCGAAAAAGCAUUUGGUUCCCUCCAGAAGAAAGCUGUUGAAGAGACAUCAAAGACAACCAGACUGACCGACAAAUGUUCAGAAAUCACUGAAGAAGUGCAAAAGAAGGAUGACGAACUUAAUUCAAAAGAGCUUGAAAUCCAACAAUUGGAAAAGAAAUUAAAACAACAACAAAUGAGUUAUAAAAAGAAACUAGGAGAUGCUGAAAUCCAGCGUAAACAAGACCAAUACAUAGCCAAACUUUUAGACAAACAGGACAAAAAUACUGGGUAUGUAGAGUUUCAGAGGCCUAAGUCUAGCAGCACAAAAGCAAAAACAGGAAGUAUAAACACAUGGAGAUGACCUCUGUCAUUCAUAUCUAGGUUAUAUUUAUAUCAGUGUAUUUGUUGGCACUUUACACAUCUGCGGAGUACUUGGUGUUCAUCUCACUUUACUUUGAUGGGGCAUUGACCACAUCCACCAAAGAUCUGAUAUCUGCCACUCAGUGAUGGGGUCUAACUGCUGUAGAUGGUUACAUACAUGUAGUUUACAAAACAGAUAACUAUAAAUUAUGGACAUUCAGGUAUUUAUGAUUGAACAGUUUGUAUCCUAUCAGUAAUUAAUUCACACACUUGUAUUAAAUACUCUACAGUGGGCAGUUCCAGGGGCAAAUAGAUUUGGCAACAUUAUCCUUAGUACCGAUAUGAGUAAAAAGAGUUUGGUCAUUUAAAUUUGGCCAAACUAUUGUAUGCUUUAGCUCUUAAAACUAUUGUGAAUUGAUCAAACAAAGUAUAGAAACUAGCUAUAUAUAGGGGCUUAUUGCUUUAUGAUAUGUGCUUUCAUUCCUGUGUUUAUAUGUUCUUUUUCUUAUACAAAGUGUGAUGAUAUUUGUGAUUAUUUUUAUAAUAUUGUUACCAUUUAUGGUAUUGGCAUGAAUUUCAUCUGACACCAUUCUGGGUUUCCUACGGAAUAAAAUUCUGACUUGAUGGAACGAUAUAUUGGAUUUGAGAAAGAAUGAUAAAGUAACAUUCACAUGUCUUAGAUUGAGCUUGCAAUGUGAUCACAAUAUUUUAUGUUUAUACCGGUAUGUUCAUUAAGAUUAUUCACAACAAAAAAUUGUAUCUUUAACAAGAUUCUACUGUAUUAAUUAUAGCCACAAAAGUAAUGAAAAGUUAGAGGUACUAACUGUGUUUCUAACCCUCGCAUGAGUUGUUUUAUUAUCUACACUGUAAGGCUAUAGAAGUGUAUACCAUGGUUCAGCAGCUGUUGUCUGUCACCUGUCACAUCUGUCAUUCUUGUGGAAAGUAAAGGGUUAAUAUAAAACAUAACUAAAACUUAAAUAUUGGGAUCUGAAUUCAGUGCAUCCAGGGUCUGCAAAAGGCAUGAAAUUAACCAGAGUCAUUUUGGUCAUUUUUAAUCAUUUUUGCUCUGAAUAUCUUUUUUAGUAUACAGAAAAUCUUUGAAAGCUUUCUUUAAUCAGAACUAUAACAUGGUAUUUAACAUGAAACUUACCCAAAAUUGUUUCUUUCAUUUUCAUAAUAAAGUGUGUUUACUUGGUUCUCUCCCCUUGCCGAGACAUACCAGAGUCUGUAAAAAUGGUAGUUUCUACUCCUGCGUAACGCUCAGCAAUUUAGGAGUGGG